AUGCUGAGUGUGAAGUUUUUUGCGUAUGCAUUUUCUGCACAGAGAAAUUUUAGCACCAAAACUAGUGGAAAAAGCAUAAAUUGUGUUCAAGAUAAAUACAAAUUUGGACCCAAACCCAAAAACCCUAGAGUUAAGUGGACUGAACAGCAGAAAGAAAUCAUAUCUGCUAUUUCUGAGGGGAAAUCUGUGUUCAUUACCGGUUCCGCGGGGACCGGGAAAACAAUGUUGGUUAAGCACAUUAUAAAACUGUUGAAGAGAUGUCACACACCUUCAAAGGUUUUUGUCACGGCACCUACUGGUGUUGCGGCUUGUGCAAUCAGUGGGCAGACCCUUCACUCUUUCGCCGGUAUUGGUUGUGGCAAUGAUGAUAGGGAUACUUUGCUGAGUAGGGUUCUCUCGAAUAAGGAGGCUUGUAGGAAGUGGUCGAAAGCCAAGGCGUUGGUCAUAGAUGAAAUUAGCAUGGUUGACGGGGAGUUGCUUGAUAGUCUUGAAUACAUUGCAAAAUACGUACGACAAAUUGAUGAAAUUUGGGGUGGAAUGCAGCUUGUUGUGGGUGGGGAUUUCUUUCAGUUACCACCCGUAAAAACUGAGUGGAAUUCAGAGAGUAAGGAAUUUGCAUUUGAAGCAGACUGUUGGGAAUCUAGCUUUGAUUUACAAGUUAAUCUUACAAGGGUUUUUCGGCAGUCAGACCCUCGACUUAUCAGGAUACUUCAGGGUAUUAGAACAGGGGAGAUUGAUCCUGAAGACUUGAAGUUUUUAGAAAAUUCUUGUGCAGAUUCUGAGCCAGAUCCGUCUGCAGUACAAUUCUAUCCAAGGAUUCAAGACGUAAAUAGAGUGAAUGCAAGUAGAUUGGAGAGCUUGGGUAAUGAACUUGUUGUUUAUACUUCAGUUGAUAGUGGUCACGAUCCUUGGAAGAGACAGCUUGAACAGGUGAUUGCGCCUAAAGAAAUUGGCUUAUGUAAAGAUGCAAGGGUAAUGCUGCUAAAAAAUUUGAACACUCAGCGUGGCCUGGUAAAUGGUGCUACUGGUACUGUUAUGGCAUUUCGUAAGACCAAAGACGUGGGAUUGACAAGCAUAUGUGAUGGUGGGCUGCUACCAAUAGUUAAAUUUGAUUCGGGGAUAAUAAAGGUGAUAAAACCAAAAACAUGGGAUGUGACAGAGGGAGAUUCAGUAGUUGCUCAAAGAGAGCAGCUACCUCUCACACUGGCUUGGGCUUCAAGCAUUCACAAGUGCCAGGGCAUGACUCUGGACCGUCUUUACACCAAUCUCUCAAAAUCUUUCGGAUAUGGAAUGGUUUAUGUAACUCUUUCCCGUGUGAAAAGCUUGGAAGGCCUGUAUAUAUCCGGUUUCCAUCCCAGCAAGAUUAAGGUGCACCCUAAGGUUAAGCAGUUUUAUAAAAGGUUUUCUGGCGAACAUGAAAAGGAGGUUGAGGAUAAUGUCACCCAGAAAAAGUAUCGUAGCAAUCAUAAUGGUGGAUGGGGAAACAAAGAUGAGGAGGUUGAGAAUGAUAAUGCCAUCCAGAAAAAAUACCGUACCAAUGAUAUCGGCAGAAAAGGAAACGAUGGCAGCGGAUACACAUUGGAACAACUGUAG